AUGUCUGUCGUUCGAGUUUCGCUCACACACUCGUCGAGUAAGAUGCGGGUCCCAGAGAAGCGCUACAGUCUUGCGCAGACCAUUUCAAGCAUUAAGGCCAACAUUUCUACACAUUUUGCCACACCACCGGAGCAGAUGCGUCUACAACUUAUCGAUGAUCGCGGCAUCACAAUAGAAUCGGAUAUGUCAGAUGAAAAACAACUGGGAUACUAUCAGUGCAAGGAUGACUACGUUAUCCACGUUGUGGACCUUCAGCCGGCACCGUUAGUCAAUAACUUUGAAGAUUUGUCCCAAGUUGAAAAAUAUGAGAUUUCAGAAGAAGCAUACAACAAGCGGGAUGACAAUGCCCGAGCCUUUCGUCAGCGCAUGUUGGCACAACAACGUGAAGAGGCGGAGAAAACUGGGAAACCGAUUCUCAAGGAGUUAAAUGAUGACAGCUACAAGGAUAAGGCGGAGACAAUGCACAUCGGGGAUCGUUGCAUGUGCCAGCCGGGGGACCGUUUGGGAACAGUGCGGUUUGUGGGGCGUGUGGCUGCCCUGAAGGCUGGAUACUGGAUUGGUGUCGAGUUUGACGAACCUGUGGGGAAGAGCGAUGGAAGCGUCAAGGGGAAAAGCAUAUUUGAGUGCCAGCCGAACUAUGGUGGGUUCUUGCGCCCGGAUCAGGUGGAGGUUGGGGAUUUCCCACCGGAGGAAUUUUAG